AAUAUAGAUUUUUUGUUGUUUUUUUGUGUGAUGCAAACAAAAUGUAUCAAUCAUUGUGUGGACUAACCAAAUGGUGUAAUAAAUUUUGUUAUGGUUAUUACAUUCAGCCAUUUAUUGUGACAGUCAAUUGGUAUCGACAUCAAUGGUUUCGCCGUCAAUCAUCAGUGGUUACGACAACAACAACACAAUCAUUGAUACGGCAAUGUACUAAACGGUUAUACACGGCUUAUAUGGUGGACAGUAAGCCAGAGGACUGGCAUACAUUCGUGGCGCACGAGUUUACUGUUCGUAAAUUGGCCAAAGUAUUAGUCUACGAUCCGCGCCGUGGACUGAGCACCGGUAGCGCCUGUAUUGUUGCCAUCGAUACGGACAGCAGACAUGUGUACGCAGUGACCAACGAGCACGUGGCUGUACAGGGAAUAUUUGUACAGUUGGUCGACUACGAGGACUAUCUAAUUGAAUACGGAAAGGUAGUCUAUGCCGAGCCAGAACAUGAUCUAUCGUUGAUAGUGUUGCGCCCUGACCCGGAUCAACUCCAAGGACUUAUGACGUUUCAAAUGUCAACAACCGAGACAGAGUUUGGCGCACCGGUACUGGCCAUUGGUUUUGCCGUCCGAGACUUGCACAACAUGUGCACCGGUAUUAUCCAUUGUCCGGAAAACCAUCGAUUUCGACAUAUUAUUUCCCGAUUGAAUACCCAAACCAUUGUCUACGAUACUAAUAGCGUAAUGUUAGGACAUACGGCUCCCAUAGCUGUCGGUUAUUCUGGCGGUCCAUUGGUUGACAUAAUGAACGGUAAGUUGAUUGCUGUUAACAGUUUAACACAUAUGGAAUCGCGCAGUUCGAUACCUGCUUAUUAUAUCCAAGAUUUUGUCACCAGAGCUAUGAAUUCGUAUGAUAGACAACGUGAAAACAGGGAUAACCAUUGUACCAUCAAAUGGGGACUGUGCUUAAAGUUUAGCCUAUUUCAUGGCAAAAACAUUGUACAAUACGUUACGUUUGAACAGACACCAGGAAAUCAUAUGAUUGGUAUGAAAGGCUUUUUUGGUGUUAUCGAUGGACAGCAAUUUGAAUCACUGGACGAGUUUGUGGAUAUAAUGAGCACCGGUAGCAAUGAUGGCGAACAACCUAUUGAUGUCAAAUAUCUUGAUUUUGCAAUCAAACGGCCGCUCGACACCCAAAUAUAUGCCUCACCUAAUGAAUUGACUUAUUUGAAAGCAAUAUAAUUAAUGUUAAACUAAAUUUCACACUUAAU